CUAAUUAACAACUUAUUUCUGUUUCAGAUUUUUUUGUUGGUGGUCUCGGCGAUCGCGGUCAACGCGCACACAGUAUCAAAGAAAGUGGAAAAACGUGGUCUACUUACCGGGCACCAUGGAUACUCUUCUGGCGGAGUAGCUUCCGGAGUCGUAUACGGAGGCCAUGGGGUUGGAUCUCCUGGAGGCUACCUUCCACCUGUACCUUCGGUCGCAGUCAUCAAGAAACCAUAUCCAGUUGUCCCAGCUCCAACUUAUGCUGUUCCGUCUUACGCAGCUGCAGUGCCCGCCCCAACUUAUGGUGUUCCAUCUUUAACAGUCGGUCCAAGUUACGCUACUUCCGUUGUACACCAAGUUCCAUCCGUCGGUGUUCAUGGCCAUGUUCCGGUUUACAAUGGUCACGUUCCGGCUCCGGCUCCGGCUCCGGCUCCAGCUCCAUCCUAUGGUACCCCUAGCUACGCCUCAGCUCCGGUCUAUGCCGUUCCAUCGGUACACCAGCCAGUGUCAGUCGGUUCGGUGUCUUUGGGAGCCGGAAGUCUAUCCCACUCUUAUGGUGUACCAAGCACCAGCUUCGAGGCUGUACCCGCUGCUGGAGUCUCGCUUGGCACGGUCAGCUAUCCUAGCAAGACUUAUGGCGUCCCAUCAAACGUAGCUGUUGGAACCGGACUCUCCUUGAGUCACCUGAGUGUGCCUACUAAAUCUUAUGGUGUAGCUGCGGUCCUCCCCGUCGGUGGAUACUCGGAUUUGUCAGUUGGAUCGGCCCAUUUGCCCAGCCCUUCUUAUGGUGUACCAAGCCACGGAGUUCAUGGAGGACACGACGAUGGGUACUCUUAUCCUGUUCCAUCAAAUAAGUUGCUUGUUUAA